AGAACGGGAGACCGGGCGAGUGAGUUUCCGUGAGUAGAAAACAGUUCACAAAGAGACAAUUGAAAGAGGAUUUAACAGGAUUCACGGCACCGGGACAUACGUGCUGGAGAUACAAAAAUUAAAGAUCAGAAUUUUAAGGUAACGCCACCAGGAAAGAAAAGAUGACAGAGGGCAGACUCUGCCAGGUUCAUCUCCUGGAUGACAGGAAACUGGAGCUGCUGGUUCAGCCAAAGCUCUUGUCCCGGGAACUCUUAGAUUUGGUUUCUUCCCAUUUUAACCUUAAAGAAAAGGAAUACUUUGGAAUAACCUUCAUCGAUGACACGGGCCAGUGUAAUUGGCUGCAGCUGGACCGCAGGGUCCUGGACCAUGACUUCUCCAAGAAGACUGGACCAAUAGCCCUGAGGUUCCUUGUGCGGUUUUAUAUUGAGAAUAUUUCAUUCUUGAAAGAAAACACAACAGUGGAACUGUUUUUUCUGAAUGCAAAGUCUUCUGUCUACAAUGGAGACAUUGAGGUUGAAAGUGAAAACGUCUUCAAAUUAGCUGCUUACACAUUGCAGGAAGCAAAAGGAGAUUAUACAAGUGAUGAAAUCACAAGAACAGACCUGAAGAAGCUUCCAACUCUUCCGACUAAAGUCCUUAAAGAGCACCCAUCGCUUGCUUACUGUGAGGACAGAGUAAUCGAGCAUUACAAGACGCUGAAAGGGCUCACUCGAGGCCAAGCUGUCGUACAGUAUCUGACUUUAGUGGAGUCCCUUCCGACGUACGGGGUUCAUUAUUAUGCAGUAAAGGACAAGCAAGGAAUCCCAUGGUGGCUAGGGAUCAGCUAUAAAGGAAUCGGCCAGUAUGAUUUACAGGACAAGCUGAAGCCAAGAAAGUUGUUCCAGUGGAAGCAGCUGGAGAACCUGUAUUUUCGGGAGAAGAAAUUUGCUGUUGAGGUGAACGAUCCCCACAGAAGGACAGUUUCCAAGCGCACGUUUGGCCAGACGGGCCUGGUCAUCCACACGUGGUAUGCCAGCCACUCUCUGAUUAAAACCAUCUGGGUGAUGGCCAUCAGUCAGCACCAGUUCUAUCUGGACAGGAAGCAGAGCAAAGCAAAAAUAACCACAGCCAGAAGUUUGGAGGACAUUGCCAUGGACCUUACAGAAGUUGGGGCCCCAAGGAUCAGUAAGCUGGGAAACUUGGAGGUCAAGAAUCAGCUUAUUAUGGCCAGCAACGGGAGUCUGGUAUCUGCAGGUUCGGCAGACUCUGAGGUAAGCGAGGAACAGAAGAAGGAGAAGAUCUGUGAACUGAAGAAGAAGGAGAAAGACUUGCAGGAUGUCCUAGCACUCAAGCUUGAGGAGCUCAAGCAGCUGUGCCUGAGAGAAGCUGAGCUUACAGGCAGGCUGCCUAAAGAGUACCCCCUGGCAUCAGGGGAGAAAGCCCCUCAAGUUCGUCGACGAAUGGGCACCACCUUCAAACUGGAUGACCUUUUCCCAUAUGAUGAGGACCCCCAGCUGAGGAACCUGGAGAGCAUGUUUGCCCUGCAGCAGAAGAUCGUGGAAGCGGCCAAGAAGCUGGCCAGUGAGGCAGAGCUCUGCAAAACGGUGAAGAAAAAGAGGAGGAGAAACCUCCUGGAUGCCAUGAGGAAGCUUCAGGAGAUCGAGGAGGAAAUCAACAAGUACCGGGUCAAAACUGGCAAGAAGCCCACCCAGAGAGCCUCCCUGAUCAUUGCAGAUGAGGCUAUCCCCUCCGAGCUCUGCUCUCUGUCUGACAGCCUAACGCUGGAAGAUGAUGAUUAUCUGGGAGCCCAGAGGCAGCGCUCUCGCUCAGUCCAGUACUCACCCCACCCCAGUCCCUCUGAGUCUCAGGGCUUUGACUACCAAUCAGACAGGCGUGGUUCUGCAAAUGACCAACACCAAGAUAUGAGCCUCAGCAGAUUAAAUUAUGGCGAGAUCCAGGAACCACUACAUUACAAUCACAGGGAGGCCUUAUCGACCCACAGCAGCCCUUACAAGCAUCCAUCGAGACAGCCACGUGACGCACACAGCAUGCCCCCCACCCCGGUUAUGACUCGCAAUGCCUACAGCAGCAUCCAGCUAAGGUCUGAUGAUGGUCCUCAGCACUUCAGGCAGCGCAGCGGAAGCCUGGAGUCCCAGUCGCAGUUCCUGACAGAGGGCGACGUGCACAAGCCCAGCUUUUCCCUGUCCCCGGCCCGACGGAGCAACAGCACCGAGGUCCUUGACGACGGCUCGUCCUACACCAGCCAGUCCAGCGUGGAGUACAGCGUCCCCGGGAACCCGAGCUCUCGGAGCCGGGGCCGAUGGCGCCACAAGAAGGCCAACAUGUACGCCAACACGGGGAGCAUGCCCAACCUGGCGCAGAACGACGCCCACUGCUACACCUACCAGCCUCAGGCGCGUCACACCUCCACGGCGUACUACGUCACCGGCUACCCCUGCCACGCCGACCCCGAGCCUUACUCCAACGGGGCCUACAUGUACGAGAGCGAGCUGGAGGGCCACUACAAUGUCAACCCCUCCUACCACACGCCCGCCUACCACGGACAUGACAGGUACGGGCGCUAUGGAGACGACGAGGUAGACGGCCUCACCCAGAACCCGUACGCCACGCUGCGGCCGCCCAGGGGCAGGCCGGGCGCCAGGAACGAGCACAUCUCCAAGAGCAUCCAGAAGGCCCUGGUGGCGGAACAUCUGCGUGGCUGGUACAACCGCAACACAGGACACAGGCACGUGGGCUAUGACUAUGACAGAGGGUCUCAGCAAAGCCUAGGCUACCAGACCAUGCCAGCUCCCUUUGGCCACUCCAGCAGAGCCACGUCCUAUUCCUCAGUAUCCUCAGCAGCCAGUGCAGGAAACUGGCGCAGUCACUUAGCUGUGGGGCUGACGGAGUACGACGUGCCACUGAUGACCCAGCAGCCUUACCCAGGGUCAUACAGCACCGUCUACAGCAGCAACCCCUCCUACAGCAGAUACGGCUCCUGCCAGCACUCAGAGUGCUCCUGCCACAGCCCUGAGUGCCAGCAGCGCUGUGCCUUUGUCCCCGCUAGCCCUUCCUCCUCCGCCUCCUCCUCCUCCUCCAUCCUCUCAUCCCUCCCACCCUCCUCCCCUCGUUUUGUGGCUGAGCGCCUGGGCCCCGCUCCCCAGCAGCCACAGAGCUACCGAAAUGAGAGGCUUAAUAAGUACCCCCCACGCUAAGUGUAGCCCACGAUAGUCAUAUGUAGAUGUGAACCAAAUGGAAACACCCACCAGCAGCCAAAUAAACAGCAGUUUAGAUCCUGAG